GUAGGGCAGCUGUUGCCAUGGAGACCAAGGUAGAGCUCUAAAGCAUGCUGGCAUGAAGCCGCAGAGUUGUCACCAGCAGAGGAACAAUAGCCCCCGGCUGAAUGUCAGGGCACAGCCCGGCUCGCUGUCUGCCCUGCACUGCACCAGACUCCGGGGCCGGGUGUCUGCAUACGGUGAAAUGCUGGCCCGCUGUCAGAACGAGUGACCCUCAUCCUGAUCAGAGCCCCCAUAAAGGCACGUCACAUCUGAAGGAACAAUGCUGGAGUCCAUCUGUGUAACUGAAACCCUUCAUUGGCCUAAAAAGGAACUGUCACGAAAAUCUGUUUUAAAUGUGGAAAAAGUGUGUAAUUUGGAGAUGACAAAAAACACCAAAGGACUGUCUACGAGCGUUCUGCGAGACAUAUUUACCACUGGAACCAGCAGUUAUAAUGUUUUGCUUCAUAGCAAAGAGGUAAAGAAGCAACAAUCUCAAAAGGAAUCAUUUGUGGCGCAAAACAAAAGACGUCGGAAAGGGAGCAAACUGUCCAGCACACUACGCAGCAAAGAGCACUAUAAACCCCGCACUUCCUCCCAGUUCAAUUCUUGGACGUCUGCCAGAAAGAACAUGUCCGGUUUUACCUCCAAAGUUAGAGUAACCAGUGCUAGAUAUCCACAAAGCAUCUCUGUGGCCGGAAACAGCAUAGGAUUAUCACUUAGGCCUAAGAUCAAGACCAAGAGAAAACAUUACUUUUCCAGCCAGACAAGUGCAAGGGAGCCUAAUGUCUCAAAGACAAGAGAAGAAGCCUCUGGGAAGAAAUGUUGUAUCUUAAACGCAAUAAAGCCCUCAAAUGUUGAAAAAGAGAAAAUCAAAUUUUUUAAGUCCGCAUUUAUAUGCAAUCCUCAGUUUGAAUAUGCCAAUCCUGCGCUGCCAAGUGUCUUAGCAAAGCACAGCCAUGCCUCCGACAAGUUUCUAACACAGGCUGUUAAUAUCAUGCUGAAGGCACUUGAGAAGUAUGGCAGCUAUGAGAAAUUUGAGCAAGCUACUGGAGGAUGCCUUCUUCCUAAGAGUCGAAUUUGGCAUCAAGUUAGAAAAUACAUGGAAAAAGAAGGAUGUCUGGGUGAGAUUGUUGUUCACCUUACAGAAGAUUUGCUUUCUCGGGCUUCUAUGACAGUUGUGAAUGGUCGGCCAACACUGACUAUCAACAUUUCCACUGCCAGAGAACAGUGGCUUGAGGGCAUGCUUCGACAUGAAAUAGGAACUCAUUAUUUUCGUGGCAUGAAUAAUAAUCAACAACCUUGGAAUAACAGCGCUGGCCGAAAAAAAUAUGGACUUAGGCCUGUCAAUCCGACAGAAGAAGGCCUUGCAAGCAUUCACAGCGUCUUAUAUCGCAAAGACCCCUUUUUGUGGAGAGCUGCACUCCUGUACUAUACUGUUUACCAAGCCAGCCAUAUGUCCUUCAGUGAACUGUUCCAAGACGUGGGCCGGUUUGUUAAGGACCCAAAUACAAGAUGGGACUACUGUGUGCGAGCAAAGAGGGGAUGCACUGAUACGUCCCAGCCAGGUUGCUUCAAUAAAGAUCAAGUCUACCUUGAUGGGAUUUUACGAAUUCUAAGGCAUAGAGAGACCAUAGAUUUCCACCUUCUCACAGCUAUGGGAAAGGUUUCCUUUGAAGAUAUAGAGCGCUUGAAAGACCUUAGUGUUCUCCAAAAUGCCAGAGUUCCUCAAUUUCUCCAAGACAGAGGUCGAUACAUGGAAUAUCUGGAGAAAAUCAUGCAGGUGAAUGAUAUAACAGAUGAAGACCUGAGAAUGCUGAUUGGUUAAAUCAAUGAGAGAUCAAGAUGGCGUCUACUCCAGAAAAGAAGAUAUUUUGCCAGCAAUUUAAUAAAAUGCACAAUGAACAUGCUGAACUUGACAUUUUGUUUUAUUGCAUUACAUUUUUUUGUAAUCUUUGUAUUAAAGGUUUUAUUCAUAGUUUGACAAAAAUGCCUUUUAAGAAUUGUGAUGUAUGAUGGGAAAAAAUAAAGAUA